GAGGCUGCCAGCCGAUAUGCGAAGGGUGCCUCGGAGCAUCCUGGCGACUACGCGCCCGUCGCGUCAGCCGCGUCCCUUCUCCGCCGGAGCCUUGCCGGGGCGGCAGCGAAGAAGGCUUUCCGGUCGGCCCUGGAUGCUUUGCCCUCCAUGGCAGGCAUCCUGGCGGCUGGCGCUGCGCACGCAGACUUGGAGGCCUCCCUGACCGAGCUCCUGGGCAUCCUUGCCGCCCCGGAGCAGCUCCCCGGCUUGGAGGUGCUGGCAGCCAGCUGGGAACGCGGCGAGGCCCUUGACAGCGAAACCCCGCCAAAGAAGCGGAGGAAAGAGGGCGACGUGGGCGUGUACCAGGCCCAGCUGUUUACUGACCUCCGGCGUCUUCUUGCAGAGGACGUCGCCCUUUUCGCGCCGCUGCUGCCGCGGCUGCUGGAGGUCUUUGUGCUGGGUCUCCAGCGCCAGCGCGUGCAGGCGGGGGAUGCGAUCUUGAAGGCGCAGCGCGUCCUGCAAACUGGGACAGGGAUUUUCUUAGCUGCAAGUGGGGAGGUCUUGUGCUUGGAGCACACCCUUGCCCAGGCAGGCGUGCAGGCAGGAGAUGUAUUGACCCUACAAGUUCGACAGACAAGGGUGGCUGCCUCCAGUGGCUCUUUUACGGCGCUCCUGGCAGACGGAUCAGUCGUCUCCUGGGGUGAGAACCCAUGCUGCGAGAAGCUGGUGAAUGUUCAGCAGAUCCAGGAAGGCGUUUGCUGCUAUCGUGGCCAAUGGAUCUGUGGUGACUUGGGGUCCUUCAUGGUGCGGCGGUCGGAGGGUUCCGACAUGGCGCCAGUGCAAGUGCACGUGGCCUUGCUGAGCGGACGGCGAGCAUCGAUUACAGCAAGCUCUGACACAACUCUCGCGGACCUCAUGCUGGAGGCACAAAGCAGCCUGCAGACCGGGGCCGGGGUCUUCGUAAACGCACGUGGGGAGUUCUUGAGCUUGGAGCACACCCUUGCCCAGGCAGGCGUUCAGGCGGAAGAUGUGCUGACACUGCAAGUGCGACAGUCACGGGUCGCCGCAUGCAGCGGCUCCUUCACAGCCCUCCUGGGCGAUGGGAUCCAGGCUGCUGACUCUGCGUUCGCCGCCAUCCUGGAGAACGGCUCCGUCGUCACCUGGGGUGGGCCGAGUGGCGGUGGUGACAGCAGUGGCGUCCAGGCACAACUCCAGCAGGUGAAGCAGAUUCAAAGUUCCAGCGCGGCGUUUGCGGCCAUCCUGGAAGACGGAUCUGUGGUCACCUGGGGAGAUCCCCGUCGGGGUGGCGACAGCAGUGCUGUUCAAGAGCAGCUGAAGAAUGUGCAGCAGAUCCAGGCUACAUGGGAGGCUUUCGCGGCCAUCCUCGCCGAUGGAUCCGUGGUGACCUGGGGUCUCCAGAGUGCGGGAGCUGACAGCAGCGAAGUUCAAGAGCAGCUUCGCGAAGUGCAGCACCUCCAGGCUACCAGCACUGCCUUCGCCGCCAUCCUCUCCAGCGGAUCUGUGGUAACCUGGGGAGAUCCCGACACCCGGGUGCCCAGCAGUAGUAACCCUUAG